UGCUCUGCUGGCGGCUGGAGGACGUGGAGCGGGCGGUGUGAGCGGCAGCGCCAGCCUGACAGGAGCUCAAAACGGGACUCUGAUAGAGAGUCUUGGACUCAUUUUUUCCACCACUACAAUGAAUAUGUCAAUGGAUGACAGCAGCCAUCACAGUAUGACGAUGAACCCCGACAGCCAUGCUCACCACUCGCCCACAUCGACUCCAGGCCAUGGUCAUGGUUCGGGUAGCAUGAUGAUGAUGACCUUCUACUUUGGGUAUAAGAAAGUGGAGCUGCUCUUCCCUGGGCUAGUGAUCAAUUCCGUUGGAGGGAUGGUCGGUGCCUGUGUGGUUGUCUUCCUCUGUGCAUUAGCUUAUGAAGGACUGAAAAUCAGUCGAGAAUGUUUGCUUCGGAAAUCGCAGGUCAAUGUUCGUUAUAAUUCCAUGCCUGUUCCUGGACCAAAUGGGACAAUCCUGAUGGAAACGCACAAAACUGUUGGCCAGCAAAUGUUCAGUGUGCCCCACCUCAUCCAGACUGUACUUCACAUCAUCCAAGUGGUCAUCAGCUAUUUUCUUAUGUUGGUCUUUAUGACUUACAAUGGUUACCUCUGCAUUGCUGUGGCAUUGGGUGCAGGUGCUGGAUACUUCCUCUUCAGCUGGAAGAAAGCAGUGGUGGUGGACAUCACUGAACACUGCCAUUAACAACAGCAGUGACCAAAUUGCACUCCCCAGCACUAUGAUCUGCCAAGCAGGAAAUGACCAUUCAGCCAGUUUAAAAAUACACGUAUAUACACAUGCAGGUACCCCCAUACACUUACUAACAUACUCUGUUCAGACUCCAGUUGAAGGAUCGCUGCUCAAAUUGGGUUGUUUUCAUGCCUUAAUUGCUGCCAAAGAGCAGGUUUACACUUUCUUUACAGAAACCUGAGGCAUGAUCUUGGGUAAUGGUGCUGGGGCAGUGACUUCCAACUUUAUGUAUAACGAAGUGUGCUAGGAAUCCUAAACGAUGAGCCAUUUCUUUGCCUGGAGUUGUUCAUUAAAUCUUUGCAAUGUCGUCUUCACUCGGACAGGAUUAUGUAAAGCUCUCAUCAAGUAAACUAUCUAACUGAAUUCCUGUUUUAAUUUGUAGUUUCCCAUAGUUCCCACAAUUAAAGUGACAAACAGUUAUGGCCAGAACCAUUUUUUUUAUAUUGAUAUGGCAGAUCAGUUUGUAGACAGAAAUGCCAUAAUUAAGUGAGGAUGUAACACUCUCUAUGAUUUUCUCCUCUGAAUAUGUGAAUAGUGAAGUGAUUUUUUUUAAAUAUAGAAUUUUCAAAUGUGUUAUACAAAGCUGAAUACUAUCAGGACCAAGACUCCAUGAUGAUCACUUCAUGAAUAGUUUUUUUAAAAAAUGACCUCCUCUUCCAUCAGUAAAAUAUUCAGUAGCAGACAUAAUCUUAAUAGCGAGAAAUUGUAUUUGUUUUGUUCGUGUCAAUAUUUUAAAAAUGUAAUUGUUCACUUUUUUAAAGUUUGAAUGCAGAAGUGCAUUUGUACUGUCUGUGAUCUGUGUUCCUGCCUACAACCCUAUCUUAUUGUUCAACCUCCUGGUUCUCAAAAUUGAUGCUUGGAUCCUUGAUUCAUAAAAUGUUUUAUAUUUGUGCUGGAUGAAAUUGUAAUUUAAAAAGAAAAUUAUGUAUUGAUUCCAGGUAGCUAUAUGCAAUUAUCUGGUGUUUAUGGUAGGAAUUUUCCUCACUAUUGAUUAGCAGAGUAUUUGUACUCCGAGUCAUCGGAGGACUGAAAGACUCCAUUUUAAUUUUGGGUGCUGCUGGGCCUGCACAGAUACACAUGAAUGGAACAAACUUGCUCAGGACCAAUAGGAAUGAAGGUACUGGUCCUCCGGAAUUUAUUUUUAGAAAUUGGUUUUAAUCAACUGGUGGUUGUAAGCCAGAGCAGCUCAAAAAUUGAGGGAACUAUAGUUUUGGCCUAUUACAUUAUUUCAAAUAAUUGCGUUUUUUUUGCCUGUGUUUAGUUAAGGAUGGCCUUCGGGGAGGGGGCAAGGAAAUUAGUUCAAUCAAGACCUUAAUUCUAUUGAUAAGUUCUAGUCGCAGCUUUGAAGGUCUGUGAGAUCAGUAUGAUUAAAUUCUCUUCUCCAGCUGGUAUUCAAGGAUUACGAAGCAAAGUAUGAUUGUGGAGACCAUUUGGCCUAACUUAGAUAAUCAUUCCACAGAAAUCUGCUAUUCUGUCAAGAUGGCGAUGGGUGUUUGUAGCCUGUUUCAAAUCAUUUGAUGUGUUGAGAUUCCACAAGUGCUGCUGGUCUCCUCUUCUCAAGUAAACUCUGCAAUUGAGUUUGUAGGUUGCUCCAUCAAGGGGACUAUUACAGUUCAGGCUGAAUAUUAUUUACAUCCAGCACCUAUGUAUGUGCACUUUCCACUAGAAUAGUGAGCUGCUUGGCUCAAUUCCAUUAUCCUCCCCAACAAUAAUGGAUGCACUAUAUCUAUUCUAACCAACUGGAAUCAGUGACCACAUGGUUGAGUGAAAUGGCAUUUAUCCACAGUGUCACAAGCCAGUUAUAAAACCUUGCUUAAGAAAGAACAUACUAAGCAUCUAAAGAAUUUGAAGAUUCCAGACUGACUCUCCUGGUUAUUCCAAAAGAUCUGGAUCGUGGUGUCUUUCUGUCAUCAAGUCAGUCAAUACAAUACACCUUAGAAGAUCUUCAGUGUUUUGAAGUAAACUUACUUUUUCUGAGGUUUACACUGUACUUGACACCGUCAAUACAGAUGUAGUUAUCUGUUGUGACCAUGCUCUUUUUUGGGCUUCUAGCAGCCCAUGAGAUGUGGGAUGAUGUUGUCUGGGAGGGUCACAUGUCCCACACAAGAGUCUCAUCUCAAAGGUUUUAAUUUUGUUCACUAAUGUUAUGCUGAUUCCCCACCAAUCUUAGCAGUACUUCAUAUGUCACAUUUUUUUGGUCUGGUAUUUCCCAAAAAAUUGAUGAAAAGAUCAUGAUUAACAGAAGGAAUUAAGAGAUGGUGCUAUUGUUUAAUACUGAGUUACAACUUGAAUCUGAUCAACAUUAAAUAGGUACAACUGUCUUGUUCAGUGAUAGCUCCAGGGCAGAAUUUCCAGAGGCACCACUAAGUAACACUAUUACACUCUAUAAUGUUGAGUUUUUGUAAAAUGGUAUCAUCCAGGUGUAUACUUGAAACUAGCUAAUGGGGGUAUUGGGGUGAGAAUGACAAACUUCUGAGCUGCAAUCAGUUAAUUUAAAAUAUAAUGUUUUGAGGGCUGUGUUUGGAAUGGAGUCGUCUUCCUCAUCUUGCAGAAAGCAAUUUGCUCAUAUUAGCUGCUCAGUGACACUACACGACCUGACCACAUGAACCAAGCCUGAAGAUGCAGGUAUAGUUUGGAUUGAGACUGUCCUCUACUCAAUACUUUCUCCUGGACCCCUGCUUUUAUUGGGAUUUUUCAGUUUUUUUUUCUGAUUGCUGUAUCUAAUAGGCACUGUUUAAAUAGAUUCUGCUGUAAAAUAAAACAAAAUGCUGGAAUUACUUACAACUGACAAAAGAUCAUUAAUCUGGUAAACUCUUUCUUUCUCCUCAGCUUGCCUGAUCCUUUGUAUUUCCAGCAUUUUGUUUUGUUUUACAGCAGAAUCUCUUUAAACAGUGUCAUGGAUACUCAUUUUGGGUUACUGGCUGCAGUACAAAUGUGAAUAACAAUGUUCAUUGACACCACUAUAUUAGUUAAUGGAUCAGAGGCAAGAGACUUAGCAAACCUGUUUACAUCAGCAAACACUACGAAUGUUGGUAAUCUGAAACUAAGAUUAGAAAAUGCUGGAAAUACAAUGGAUCAGGCAACUGUGGAGAAAGAAAGAGCUUACCAGAGCAGUGAUCUUUUAUCAGUUAUGAGCAUUUUCAGCAUUUUCUGUUCUUAGUUUCAGAUUACCACCAUUCGUAGUGUUUGCUGAAGUAAAACAGGUUUGCAAACUCUAUUGCCUCUGAUUCAUUAACUCAAUAUAGUGGUGUCAGUGAACAUUGUCAUUCAACUUUGUACUGCAGCCAGUAACCCAACAUGAGGAUCCAUGAUAUUGUAGUGUCAUUUGGACUAACCAACGCUGAAUGGUAGUUUCCUGUAUUUAGGUGCAUACAAAAUGUUCCUGUCCUUUGGUACUUUUAAACAUUACAUGAUUUGAAGGAAGCAUUUGCUGUGCCACUGAAAGCAUUCCAUUUCAGAUUUUAAAACUCAAGAUGAGCAGAAAGAAUCACUGAUACUUUUAAAGUAAAACUUGACUCCAGAUUGGACCUGUGUUUGGUUGUUAUGCAUUUAAGAUGUUGGAGCAGGAGAUGACAAGUGCUCUUGCUGGUUUGUGCUGCUACUUUCAUAUUUGCGCUCCCAAAACUGCUAUUGACAUGGGGUUAUUAAUAUAGCUGAACAUCAAAUCUGACUUCUCUGUGAUACAAAGUGUAUUUUCCUUCUGACAUAAAUAGCCAUCAUAUUUCAUACUGAUUAUAGAUAAUAAAAGGAUAUAUUGGAAAGUACUGUAAUUUUUUUGUUGUCAAUCUUAUGUAAGGUGUUUUAUAGUUUUCUUUAAAUCACCCUUUAAAACUUGGUAAAGCUUUACUCAGCUUGUAUUUGAAAUUGUGCCUUUGGUUAUCUCCUGAAAACAUGCGAGCAAUGGUCACCCUAGUUAAGCCUUUGUCUUGUAAUUUGAUUUCUCAGUUCUCAUGUGUUGAUGACUUUCCUCCCACUCCACAUCAGUGUUGCAAUGUUACCUUACUGGUGAGCUGUCAGAAACAAUUCUUUUGAGAUUGUACAAUACAAUUUUUGGUACUGGAAAAUCAUAAUAUAUUAUCAUGCUUAUUUCCAAUAAACUAUUAGUUUGUCUUAUCAAA